GACGCCAUAUUGGAUAUUGGCAUUGUGAAUCUUCUUUUGUAUGACUGUGUGCGUCAGGGGACCAAAUUCACUCAAUUCGUGUUACAUUCGCGGUGAGAUUUAUCUGAAUCACCGUCAAUGUUGUGCUCAGUGAAAGCUGCUUUACAGAUUUUGUAUUUAAAAACCUGAACGUGUGUAGGAGCCAACCGUAAUCACGAAUCGGCUUCAGCCUGUGCUGGUUCUGACUCCGUGUAGGGGCGGUAUUAAGAAACUUCUACCCUUAUUUCUAACCAGAGGAAGGUCGAUAUUAUGGAUUUCCUAUCAAUUUUAAUUUAUACUAUGAGAUAGGGGAUUGCUAAUCCCUUCAUCCUUCGAGUUGGCUUGUUGUCUGACUUCAAUACUUGGUUUUUCCCAGAUUGUAUACUCAUAAAUACAAAAAUGUGGUCACCUCAACAGCAGCAAAACAUGUCUCAGCAACAGCGCACACUUGGCAUGACGUCAGCCAUCACCAUGGCUGGACCCAAGCAGCUCGAUCACGACAGGACUGAUGAACUUAUUGAAACUCUUGAGCUUUACAAUGUUUCAGUGACUGAGCAAGAACUAAAUCAUAGGAUGGAAAUAUUAAGCAAGCUAAAUAACUUAGUGAAAGAAUGGAUUAAAGAAACAAGUAUUAACCGCAACAUGCCUCCCAAUGUUGCUGAACAAGUAGGAGGGAAAAUCUAUACCUUUGGAUCGUACCGUUUAGGUGUACAUCAUAAAGGUGCUGAUAUUGACGCACUCUGUGUAGCUCCAAGACAUGUAGACCGGUCUGAUUAUUUCACUUCAUUCUUCGAUAAACUUAAAGAACAAAAGGAGGUCACUGAUCUUCGGGCUGUUCCAGAGGCGUUUGUGCCAGUCAUAAAGAUGAACUUUGAUGGAAUAGAAAUUGAUAUGUUGUUUGCUAGACUAGCUCUUAGGGAAAUUCCUGACUCCAUGGAUCUUCAAGAGGAUAUUCUCCUUAAAAACCUCGAUCCAAAAUGUGUCAGAAGCCUAAAUGGAUGUAGAGUAACUGAUGAAAUCCUUCGUCUUGUUCCUAAUGUAGAAAAUUUCAGAUUAGCUUUAAGAGCAAUUAAGCUUUGGGCCAAAAAACAUGGUAUCUACAGUAAUGCACUUGGAUACCUUGGAGGUGUGUCAUGGGCUAUGCUUGUGGCACGGACAUGUCAGUUAUAUCCUAAUGCUGUAGCUGCUACUUUAGUUCACAAAUUCUUUUUGGUAUUUUCUAAAUGGAAAUGGCCUCAGCCAGUAUUGCUGAAACAGUUGGAUGUUGUUAACUUGGGCUUCACAGUAUGGGAUCCUCGUGUAAACAUAGCAGAUAGAUAUCACCUCAUGCCUAUAAUCACUCCAGCAUAUCCUCAACAAAAUUCCACUUUCAACGUUUCAAUGUCCACCCGGACUAUUAUGGAAGAUGAGUUUAAAAACGGACUUGCUAUCACAGAUGAUAUCAUGGUUGGUCGUGCUACAUGGGACAAGUUAUUUGAACCUCCAAAUUUUUUUACCAAAUAUAAGCAUUACAUAGUGCUUUUAGCAAGUGCUGACACACCUGAAGACCAGCUUGAGUGGAGUGGUUUAGUAGAAUCCAAAAUUCGACACUUAAUUGGAAAUUUGGAGCGCAAUCAACAUAUCAAGUUGGCUCAUGUCAAUCCUGAGUGCUUUCCUCACUAUGAAAGUAAUGAACAAUCAUCAACCGCUCAACCAGCAACACCAAGUCCUUCAGACACUAGCAGCACUGAAGUAACCGAAAAAACAGCUGUCUCAGACAGUAAUCCUGUGGCUGAAACCCCUCCGGCCCCCAAUGUGACAAGUCCAGGAGUAACAACUCCAACACCUACUCCUCCACCAAGCACACCCAACACAUCAUCUAAACCAGGGAAAGAAGGACUAGGUUCUAUGUGGUUUAUUGGACUUGUUUUUGAGAAGACUGAGCACUUGAACGUGGAUCUCACUUAUGACAUUCAGUCUUUUACUGAAACAGUCCAUCGACAAGCCAUGCAAAUUAAAAUGAUGAAAGAUGGUAUGAAAAUUGAAGCCCGCUAUGUGAAAAGGAAACAACUGCAAAGCUAUGUGCCCCCUAAUCUUCUUAAAAGAGAACGCAAGACAAGUACAUCAAACUCAAAUCCUUCACAAACUCCAAGAAAUGGAACUGCUACACCUAUGAUGUCCCCAACUAGUGAAUCCAACAAAUCCAGUACUGCCAAUAAUGGUGCUUCAAAUAAGAAGCGAAUUUCUGAAAAUUCGUGUGAUGGCUAUUUUAAAAAGGCUAAGAUGGGUGAUGAAACCAGUGGGCAGGGAGAUGAAUCACCUAAUCAGUCUAUAGUACAAGGCGGAGAAGAUUCAAACUCAACUUCAUAUUCCUUGGACGAAUCUUCAAAUACCUAUGUAAACAUUGGUGAAACACACAAGAGUACAGAAACAGCAGGCUCUCAGAUAGUUGGAGCCAGCAAUAGUGCAGCACUGACAAAAGAGCAGGACACAUCAAGUGUUUUACAUGAAGGAUUCAUCUGUACAUGACCAAUCAAGAAGGGUGAUGUUCACCCUGUUGAGUUCAAGAAACCACAACCCAGACUUACAAAAGCACAUGAAUCUGAGAAAGGAAUGUCUAUUGGCCCUCCUAAAGAGCCUGUGAUUCCUCAUUGAGGACCUGUACAUUUGACUUAAUUGUUCACCAUUCAAGCAAAUGCUUGUCACAAGUGAAAAUGUAAAUCUAUCAUAUUAUUAUGAGUUGGUAAUUUAUACAAAGCCAACAAUUAGUCAGGUGAUCUUGCACUCAUCAUAUUAUCAUCUGUAGCCUGUACAAAGACUAUUUUGAGAUGAGUUAGGAAAUUAUUUUGUUAAGUUAUUAAGGUUCAAGAAGAAAUGUGAAGUUGUACACUUCAUAAAUGUAAAUAAUUUGAAUGUGGAAAGGAGCUAACCUGCCAUGUAUUGGCGUGCUCUGAUGUGCUGAAAAGGCAUUAUUUCCAUUAUUCUUUGACGUAGUGACUAAAAAUUCAACAAUGGAUUUAUGUCAUGAGAAUUUAUGUAAUAUUAAAGAUUAUGAAUGUAACCUCUUCAUCAAAGUCUCUUUCUACUUGAUCCUUACUCGUUCAAAAAAGAAAAUGGCAAAAAAAGAUAAAAAGGGGGAGGGGUUUUGAGUUCUUUGUAUAUUUGGUGUAGUAUUGAGCUUAUAUCUGAUGGUUCUGUAUAGUUGCUCAAUGGUGAUAUGAGUGACAUAAUGCCUCCUUUUAUAGUAGUCAAGGGUGGUAUCUAUAGGUGAAGUGUUAAUUUUGUUGUUGUACAUGUUUGAGUGCUUGUUUUUUUUUUUUUUUUUUUUUUUUUAAUGACUACCUUUCAAGCUUCUUGUGAAACUUUGUGGCAGAAAUAACAAUGCACUCAAAAGUACGGAAUUUCAGAAUUUUGAUAGAAAUAUUGGUGUGUACUUUGGAUUGUAACCUGUUUUGAUUUUAAUGAAAAGUUAAGGGCACAUGUGUGUGGAUCAAUGCAUUUUUUGAAUGAUCUAUUUCAUCAACACAAAUAAUGCAAGAUUAAGGUUUUUUUUCCAGCCACAGUCUCUCUUAAAAUUGACUUUGUGCGCUAUAUCUUUUGGAUUUGAUACCUCUGGAGUAUGAGACAUUUUACUCCUCUUGGCUAGACUUAGUGAGUAUCUUUCAUUGACCUUAUUGCAAAAUGCCAUUCAUAAAAAAAAAAAAUUUUAAAGAUUGCCACUGGCUUUUGUAACUUAGAUCAUUUGGAGUAGGUACAAAAGUGGCAUGAAGUGUUUUUCUUAUUGUUAGACACAGUUAAAAUUAGUUACUUUGGAUUAUUUACCCACUUUUUUGAUAAAUCUUUUUUGUUAAUUAUUCACAGAAAUCAUGUCACUCUGUGAAAACAACCACCAAUUUAUUUUGUUUUGUGUGAUCAAUGACGCUGAAUUGAAGUAAUUCCUUGUAAAUUAUUUGGUGUGCUGGUGAAGAGAGUGUUAAGUGUCACUGUAUCAUCUCAUAGCGCCCCAUCAGUUUUAAUUUUAUUUAUUAUUUUUUUUCUUUUUUUAAUAUUGCAAUUAAGAACUGUCCUUGUCCUAUCCCGUUGGCUUGUUUUGACUGAGUUCUCCUGACCUGAGUUGUCUGGAAAGGUGACAGCUGUGCAAUUUGAUAAUGAUAUGUACUGUACUUGCCAAAAGACCAUGCCUUGUUCCAUUUUUCUUUGAAGGUGUUGAUUCUUUGAUUUCUGUUCACUCCCAAGCUUAUCAACUGAACACUACAGAAGAUGCUGAAGCACAGAACGGUUGAAAGGGGGAAAGAUGGUGCUUUAAACUAUUGCCUAAUUAAUUUCUCUCUCAAUUGUUUUUAACUUUUCUGCAUUGGUCUGGAUGGACCUUCUGUUCAAUCCUAUGUCAGUUUGUUCAUAGGGCAAUUUUUUUGACUGCUUGUGAAUUGGAUGUAUGUACAUAAUUGGGUAGUGAUUAAAAUCUCAUGUGUCCUUCCACAUACUUAACUCUGUUUGCUGCAGCACUUGUGAGCUAUUUUUGUGGUUGUGAUUUUUAGAUGUUCAGCAAUCUUUUUCUCUGUACAGUACUGUAUGAUGCAUGUUAGUAUGUUUCCAGAUUUCAGUCUCAAUUGUCACAUGCUGAACAAUCUAGAUCACAAUCUUCUUUUUCUUCCAGUCUCCAGUGUGCUCUAAAGAGCUACAUAUAGUAUUAUUGGUCUUGCAGGUAUCCUUUCCUCAUCUCAUUCCUUGCUCUUCAUACUGUUACAGUUAGCCUUUGUGGUUAAAAAACAAUUAUGACCUGUCUUACAUUGUUCAUACAUGUUCCUUUUGUUUGACUGCUGUGGUCUUUAGGAGAAUUCACAGAAGUAUUUAAUCCUGUUUAUACAUAAAAGCAAGCUGGGAAAGAUUUUGAGAUGCAGCUUAUUGUUUAAUGUUUUCUCAAAAGUCAUUUUCAUGUUUUCUAAUUUUCAGGUAUUUUCAUUGUGUUAGUUUUAAACAUGGCUGGUUUCUUGUUUUUUCUUUCCUUUUUCUCUUUUAUUCUUCUUUCCACUCCUUGUCCAUUGUACCUUGACAUGUCGACUUUUGCAAGUGUUCUGUUGGCACCUUGUGCUUUGGAUCAUAUUAAGAAAAGCUUGGAGUCACAAGUCCUAAUUAUGAAAGAGAUUUACCAUGUGUUUAAAUAGGCUUGAAGUGGUCUUCUGGACUGUCAUAUAUUUGUCAUUCUUUCGUUUUCCUUUCCAUUUCUUUCUCUUCCCUGUGAUAAGGGUCAGGGUUGAGAAUUCAAAAUAUGUCAUGGCUCAUACUGAAAGCUAGCAGCUCUCUUAUGAGGGUCCUUAACUAGCUUCAGUCAACUAAAUUUCAGCCAAAUCUUCCAUAACGUUUUCAUCAUAUAAUCCAGAUGUUAACUUUUUCCACGGAGUUCGUCAGGAUGCUUCUCUUUUUGCCUCCAGGUUCUGUGAGACUACAGUUAAUGUUAUAAUAGGACUUCUUGUACUAUUCUUUCAGAGAAUCCUUUAAUUGUCUUGUAACAUGUCUAAAAGGGGAAAAAUAAAAUAAAAAGAACACUGAAUCAUC